GAGAGGGAGAAGAACACUAAUGGGAAAACAAAUGACUUUUAGGAAAGAUAGACGGGCCGUUAGGAGAAUAGAUGGAGACAGACUAGUUCGUGACAAUGUCUGAGUGGGUGUCUCAAUUGGUAAGAGUCAAUCUCCCCUGGUUGCCCCAAAGAACGGGAUUUAUGACAAUUGAUUUCUUUUGAGUUCUUUUGGGAGGCUCUGCCUGUAGGAAAAUAAGGGAUUGUGGAUUGGGGGGGGCAUGGAGGGGAGUUUAUUUUCAAACGUCUUCAGACCAAAAUAAUUGUUAUGCUUCAGUGACACAAUCUGGACCCCUCACCACACACACACACAGCCUUGGCAUCUUCUGUUUUGAAGGUCUUGUGGUUCAAAAACUGCUCCUCAGAGAUAAGUUUGGCUGGGAGACAGGGCAGGCACUUCACCCUCAGAGGGAGCAGCGAAUUUUGUGUCUCUCUUUGACCCACCGAGAAGGGGUAUCAGGUGGGAACCUUAUACUCAGUGUCUCAAGCUUCAUGGACAUCUGAGCUCAUUCCAGUUUUUGAUAUUACAAAUAAAGCUGAUAUGAACAUUUGUGUACAGGCUUUUGUGUGAACCUAAGUCUUCCUAUCUCUGAGACACGUGCCCAGCAGGGCAAUUGGUGGGUUGUACGGUAGUUGCAUUUUUAGAUUUUUUUCUAAGAAGCUGCAGACUGUUUCCCAGAGUGGCUAUGCCAAUUUAUAUUCCCACCAGCAACGUGUGAGCGGUCCAGUACCUCUAGCAUACUAUUGUUAAUAAUCCAUAGCGGAUAGUGGUGCAUUUCAUUCAUUUGUUCAAUAAGUAUCUAUUGCUAACCAACAUGUUUCAGGCAGUGUGAUAGGGUCUGAAACAAGAUAUGUAUAACCCAUAUCUCACAUAAUUUACACGUGUUACUAUAGGCAUGUAAUUAGGCAAUCAUAAUAUAACAUGAUCAUUGCUAUGAGGAAGGAAGUACAGGAUUCUAUGGGGGCACAUAAUUUACACCUAAGAUCCUCUGAAGGGUGACUUUCCCCCUUUCUUUUUGGAGCCUUAAAGAGGAUUACCUGGUUUGAUAUUGGGCAAGUAAAUUUCAGCAGAGCCCUUAAAAAUCUUGCUUUUCUUGAUGCAAUGACCUUGUCCAAUCCAGUUAAUCCAGGAGAGACUUUUUUUGUUUUUGCCCACGUGGCUUGAGGGAUCUUAGUUCCCCAACCAGUGAUCCAACCCUCACCGCCUGCAGUGGAAACAAGUGGGGAGUCUUAACCACGGGACCGCCAGGGAAGUCCCAGGAGAAAAUCUUUUAACUGCAUUUUCUGAUAUGGUUUGUGGGUUUGAAGAAUAGAGCGUUUCUUCUUAGUAAUUCAAUUUGUAUAUGGGUGUUAUCUGACAUGAUCAUCUGUUGGUCAACAGGUCCUUCAGCUGGAGAUGCUACCUCGAGGAGAAGAAUUGAACCCUGGGAAUUUGAAGUCUCCUUUGACCCCCGAGAACUCUGUAAAGAGACCCGUCUGCUCUAUGAAAUCAAGUGGGGAAAGAGCCAGCACGUCUGGCGACACUCGGACAAAAACACCACCAAGCAUGUUGAAUGCAAGUUUAUAGAAAAAAUUACUUCAGAAAGACAUUUUCACCCAUCCGUCAGCUGCUGCAUCAUCUGGUUCUUGUCCUGGAGUCCCUGCUGGGAAUGCUCCAAGGCUAUUCGGGAAUUUUUGAAUCAGCAUCCUAGAGUGACCCUGUUUAUUUACGUAGCACGGCUUUUCCAGCACAUGGAUCCGCAAAACCGGCAAGGACUCAGAGACCUGAUUCACAGUGGUGUGACUAUCCAUGUUAUGGGACCCACAGAGUAUGAUUACUGCUGGAGGAAUUUUGUCAACUACCCACCUGGGAAAGAAGCUCACUGGCCAAGAUACCCCCCUAUGUUGAUGAAGCUGUAUGCACUGGAACUCCACUGCAUAAUUCUAGGUCUCCCUCCCUGUUUAAAUAUUUCAAGAUAUCAGAAUCAGCUGACCUUGUUCAGACUUAUUCCUCAAAAUUGCCAUUACCGAAUGAUUCCACCCCAUAUCCUUUUACAUAGAGGGUUGAUACGACUUCCUUUGACUUGGAGAUGAAUAGAGUAUAUACUGUUUCAUGAACAGGAACUGAUGGCCCACUAAAGAGUACCAUUAGAAUCGAGAAAUUUUAAGUUUGCAUUUCUAUACACUAACAACAUGUUAUCUGGAAAAGAAAUUUAAAAAAAAAAUCCCAUUUAUAGUAGCAAUGAAAAAUGAUAAAAUACUUAGGAAUUAAUUUGACCGAG